AUUUAUUUUAUUUUACAAACUAUUUUUACAUGAGAACUUAAUGGCUGGACUACCAAAAUUGCCAGGCCUAUCGUUUACAGACCCUACUCAAACAAGAUUUCAUAAAUCUGCAACUUUUGACAUAAUUAAUGGCUAUACGAUUCCAAAAUCGAAUUUUUUGGCACCCGGAGGGCGAGAGUUGGAAUCAAAUUCCGUAAAAUACAUUCAGAAAUCCGAUCCGGUUAGAUUUGAUCCUUCACUGACUUAUGGAAGGACCAGAUCAAAACCUUUGCCCCAAUUUAUACCUAAUUAUGCAUUAUAUGAUAAAAAAUGUCUUACGUUUAAUGCUUUCUUUAAACAAUCAGUGGUUGAAUCACCUUUGGAACAUUUUAGAAUUCGCAUAGUAAACAUUAUUUAUUUUCUUGAGGACGAUACAAUCAGUGUUAUGGAGCCUAGAGUGAUAAACAGUGGUCUGGACCAAGGAAAGCUCAUAAGAAGGCAGAAAAUACCGAAAUACAUCACUGGGGAAGUUUAUACAUGGAAGGAUUUUGCAGUGGGGAAGGACUUGUGUUUUUAUGGCGUUGUUUACCACACUGUGGAUUGUGAUUUAUUUACUAGAGAAUACAUGGCCAGUCAGGGUUUAAUAAUGGAUGAGCCAGAGCAAAUGCCUACAGAUUUGUACACUCAACAACGAAAGAGUAGGGAGGGGGUACCUAUAAGUAAAACGCCUUCCGCAGAUGACAAUCUGCGCAGGUUUUUGGAGUAUGAUGGAAAAGUUCUUAAAUUUAAGGCAGUAUGGGAUGAUAGGGAUAGUGAAUAUGGUGAAUUAAGAAAAUAUGAGGUGUUAUACUUUUUGGCUGAUGAUGGAAUUUCUGUUAAGGAAGUUCAUGAGAAAAAUGAUGGCAGGGAUCCUUUUCCAUUGUUGUUGAGAAAAACCAAACUUCCAAAGAUUUAUACAGAUCGUCCGGUAACUUUCCCAUCAAUUUACUACGAAACAUCUGACGCAGAAGUAGUAGAAUAUUAUAACCCGCAAGACUUAAAAGUGGGCGAAACGAUCUUCAUUUUGGGAAGAAAAUUUUUGCUCUACGACUGUGACGAAUCUACUCGCAACUAUUACAAAAAAGUGUUCUGUAUCGACCAAAAUGCCGCCAUCGAUAUAACGGAGAAACCCAAGAGACAGCCCCCAGAAAAAGUAAUGCCACCUCAUGAUGGUUUUGGUUCUUUGGAAGAUUCUUUGCAGAAUACUUUAACUUUUAUGCCAAAAACACCCAAAAAGGAUGUUAUAAGACAGAUAUUAAAUGCCAACAAAUACCUAAGGUAUACAAUGGUUAUGGACACGGUUCACCCAGAAGAUUCUAUAAGAAAUUUUGUCCUAUCUUAUUCCUUAGCAGAUAGUACAUGUAAAAUUCACGAGCCGCCUAUUAAUAAUUCCGGGUUUAAGGGUGGCCAAUAUUUGUCAAAUUAUUUGCUGGUUGUACCGGGAAGCGACCCCUUAAAUCCGGAUUAUUACAGCCCUGCUCAUUUUCAUAUAGGGGCUCUUAUAACUGUGUUUAAGCAAAGGUUUAUUAUAACAGGGGCUGAUUUGUACGUUUAUCGUUACAUGUUAGCAAAUUCAGAUAAAUUCCCUUGUGAGGUAAUAGAUAAUUUACGAAACUACAUGUACAAUAAAGGAUACUUGAAUGAUGAUGUCAAAGACCAAUUCCAAGAGAACAUGGAAGCUGCCAAAAUUGAUUAUAGCGGAAAACUUGAAACUCAGAUGCGCAGGAGCACUGAAGAAAAGGAAAUCAAGAAAACCGACAUGGAAAAAUGCCUGGAGUUGGUCAAAGCUGGCGGCGGCAUGGACCCGGAAGAGGAAGCAAGAAUACGCGCAGGCAUCCUUCAAGAGUACGAAGAUUCGCUAAAAAGAGAGCGCGAAAUCAUGCCGUACGGCAUCAAACCCGUCAACGAGUCGUGCCGAUACCCUGUUGUCAUUGGAGAUAUCAAAAGCAGUGUAUGUCCAGAGGACGAGACAAAUACCGCCACCUACACUCCAAAACACAUCGACACUCCCGAAGAAAAAGUCGAGAAAUACUACGCAAAAGUGCUCAAAAAGGAGCACCAUAUUUGUACUGAAAAACAACCUGUCGAAUGUUUGGACCAGCCCCCAUAUCACAUUGCCACCCGUGAUAUGGUCGAACAACCAACCCCUCUCAUGGUUCAACCCCCGGAUCUGCCCCCUGGCGCAUGUAAUGUCAAACAAGUACGAUUCGCCGACAGCGUGGACCGAUGCGAACAAGAUAAGUAUAACAUGUGCAACUUGGGACACGAUAGAACGCAUUGCGACUGCACUGACUAUCAGAAAAAAUGCUAACAAUGUACCUUUUAUACCUAUU